AUGAUACUUCGCCUCCAGUGCUUGGUGCCCUUGGCAGUUUUAUUAUCGUCGACAGACUCAUUUCUGUUGACGUCACCACCAUCGUCCAAACAGUAUUCGUCGGCAAGAUGGAUGGUUGCAAUGGAACCCCAACCAGCAUCAUCACUUCCAGAUACAUCUACCCCAUUGCCUCCCCACACAUUUGCCGGAAUGGUCGAACAGAGCUUGUUGGAAAAAUUCAAUGAGAAGGAUAUCACAAGAGUUUUGACAUCCUGGCGAUUAUUGGAAAAGGAUUAUGAGCAUCGAGAAUAUGCGGGCCCAUCGGAUCUGUCACCCGAAUCAAGUCAAUGUCAUCAACACUGUCAUUCCUAUGUUCCGGGACUGUCCAUUCGUCCGUUUUGGGAUGUUGCUACGCAUGGCGAUGGUGAUUGGACCAGGACAUUGCCCAAGCGAUACAAGGAAAUUCGAGAAGAAUUCACCCGUGUGGCAUUGACAGAUCCCGAUCAGUUGGAACGCCAAGGCAACAAUAUCUGGGCGGGAGCCUUGACCGAAGAUGCGUCUAGUUAUGGAGUUGAUUGGAAAACACUCGUUCUCUGUGAUCGAGGGGUAUGGGAUCCAGUCAACGUCAAUCUCUUUCCCAAGACAUCUAAAGCCGUUCGAGAUUGUGGAGUUCCAGCCACAGAAGUGUUCUUUGCCAGCAUGAAACCAAACAGUUCGAUCAAACCACACACUGAUUUUACCAACUUUGUGUUGACCAGUCACUUGCCACUUGUCAUUCCAGAGUCUGGAAACAACAAAUGCCGACUCACCAUUGGAGAUGAAACGCGACAAUGGAUCGAUGGACAGCUCAUGCUGUUCGACACCAGUAUCAUGCAUGAUGCCAUCAAUGAAAGUGAUCAAAUGAGAUAUAUUUUGAUGAUGAGGGUCUGGCAUCCAGAUUUGACACCCACCGAACGACAAGCAUUGCAACACACAUACGAUUGCUUAAAUGUACCCGAAUUGGUCAGUAGUGACCCUGGAGAACGAUCCCUGGCCGAACGACAAGUCCAAGCCAUGCAUGAAUUCCCCGCAAUUCAACGAGCCGCUGCAGCUCCAGUUGGCUUUGGAGGAGGAGGUGGCAAGCAGAAGAAGAAAAGCAACAAAAAGAACAAAAAGGCCAAGGGUGCCACCAAGGGAUUUGGAAGCUGA